CUCGGUGACAGUCUAAUGCAGGUUGUAUCGAACAGGCUAUGAGUUGUGAGGGGUUGGCUCAAACUAACGCCAAAAGCCGAGGUGACGGUCUGUCUUAGCCCUCGCCCUAGACAAGGACCUAAUUUGUAUGUUUAGAUGAGUAAGCAGACCUCACCUUGAAAUGCGACCGAAAGAAUCAGAGGCUGAAUAGUUGAAAAUGAUUGAUGGUGAUUUGGGGAGAUGGCAUGCUGACGACGGAGGCUUGCUCCAAUGAAAGACAUCACGUAGGUAGGAAAGGUGUUCUUGGCGAGCUGAUUUGCGGUGAGUGAGACACAACUGAGAGGCAGCUAAUGCUGACUACAAGGUUGUACCAUUCCUACUCUCGACUAGCAUAGAAUCCUUCUUUGUUGUCUCUAGGUCUCACGUAAUAGGUUGCCAGCGGAUUCAAAUAUACGUACGGACCCCAACUACCAUCGACAACCGUGGGAGAUCUCCAUCCAACCCGCAUCGAUAUCGCAGCGCAACAUGAACAUCUCCGACGCGGGCUCAUUGGCUGAGCUAUUGGCCACAAUCACAUCGAUUCGGACCUCAACGCUGCCUUCAUUGUCGUCAUGGAGGCAGUAUGUCGUCCCGGUUGCGCUUGGGUACGUGGUCCUUUGUCGCGCGCUGCGCUAUCGCGGAGAGAAACGGUUGCGCCGUCGCAUGGGAUUCCCUAAGGGCUGUAGUCGCGAGGCGCUUUCGCGUAUGACGAAUGAGCAGGCACAGGAGAUCAUCAAGUAUCUCGCUGCCAAUGAGUUUCCCGAAUUUCAUCAUUUGUCGUUGGAAUUUGGUCUUUUCAAAACAUAUGGAGUUGAGUCCAUCAGUCGGUUACUGCUAGCUACUAGGAACUUGACAGAUCCCGUGAAAAGUCUGAAGAGGUACGAAGACACGGCAGCUCUGAUAGGUGAAUUUAUGGUCAACCCACCCAACUCAGAACGGACAAUCAAGGCACUAGCCCGCAUAAACUUCCUACACAGCAAGUACAUCAAAGAAGGCACAAUCUCAAACGAGGACCUCGUCUAUACGCUUUCAGUGUUCGUGACAGAGCCGCCGCGGUUCGCGCGUCUAUACGAGUGGCGUGCCAUGAAUGAAAUGGAGCGCUGUGCGUAUGGUGUGUUCUGGAAAAAGGUUGGCGAGGACAUGGGUAUCUCCUAUAAGGGGGUACUUUCGAAAGACACUUGGCACGAUGGCAUUGAGUGGUUCGAUGACAUCUCUGCGUGGGCCAAACGCUACGAGGUAGACAAAAUGAAGCCUAGCGAAGUCGCCAAUAAACCUGCUAAGGCGCUGAUUCCCAUGCUUACUUAUUGGGUGCCGUGGUUCGCGAAACCAUUCGUUCAGGAGGCGGUCUGUGUGCUGAUGGGCGAUCGCGUGCGAGAAGCAUUCAUGCUUCCUGAACCAGGUAUUGUGGCAGCCACUACAGUAUACUCUGCUCUCCUGCUUCGUCGUCUGUUUCUCCGUUAUCUCAGUCUGCCACGCUUUUCCGACGUGAAGCGUCAUGGAGAUGUGGAUCCCAAGACUGGACGCUACCACCUUCACUUUUCAUACGGAAACUACCCGUUCUAUGUCAAGCCUACAUUCUGGAAUCGUUGGGGACCAAGGGCUUUGGCGAUAUGGCUUUACGGUGGCAAGGUUCCUGGUGAUAACCCAGAGGAGUAUCUGUCCCAGGGGUAUAUGUGGACGGACUUAGGACCGCGAAACAGGAUGGGACUCGGCGUAGAAGAGAUGGAGACUGAUCUUCAGAGAUUGAAGGCUAGUAAUAGGGGCGGUUGUCCAUUCUAGGGCUCAUUGAUCUUUGGGCUACCUAUUUACUUCUGAUGUGUUCCUCAACAGAACUAUACAGUGCUCUGAAGGUAAAAUUUAUCAUCUUUCUGAACUAUCUCGUACCGCGUGCGUGUCAACUAGUGUGGUCCAUACCACACCAGGAAUCUCUAGUUCUCCCCCCUACAAUCGCAACUAGGGGCUGAAAUGGGGAAAAAGAGUUUGUGAUCCCUCAAUUUACACAGUUUUCAUUCGGGCACAUGCAGAAAUGUAGAUAAUGGGUAGAGAAAUCAACUAUUCUUUU